CACCGGGAGCGGCGGGACGCGGGAUGGCGGCCCCGGGGCUGGAGCGGCACCGGCUGGCGCUGCUGGCGGCGCGGGAGGACGUGGGCAACCCCCGCGCCGGCACCGACUGGGCCGUCUUUGGCUACGAGAAGCACCAUGAUCUCAAGCUGCUGGACUCCGGAGCCGGGGGUCCGGAUGAACUGGCCGGGAAGUUCUCGGCCGGCAGCGUCAUGUACGGGCUGUGCCGCGUCCCGGAGCCCGGCACCGGCGCCCCCCGCGUCGUGCUCAUCAGCUGGGUCGGGGAGAAGGUGCCGGAAGCCCAACGGGAAGCGUGUGCCGGGCAUCUGCCGGUCCUCAGGGGCUUCUUCCGGGAGGCCAGCGCGGUGCUGAGCGCCCGCCGCCCCGAGGAGGUGACGCGGGAGGGGCUGAGCCGGGCGCUGGCAAAACUGGAGCCCCCCGUCACCAGGAGGGUGCCCCCCCCCGACACCCAGGAGCUCGUGGUGAGGAGCGGUCCCUGA